GAGAAAUUGAGUUUAAAAAGCCAUGUUUUACUCUUCUGAUAUUCCCAAAGCCGAUUCUUUCCUUUAUUAUUUUUUCUCCUAUCUCUCUCAUCUUGACCCUUUGACUCUCUCUUCCUCUUAUUAUUAUUUCAUUCAUUUUCUUCUUCACUCACCAAAUUCACAUUUUCUCUUCACCAAAUUUCCUCUCUUUUUCUCGCUAGACAAACAAGUUUUAACAAUCGAAGCUUAAGCUAGUAGAGCAGCUUAACCCUAAAUCUCUCUGGUGUUUUGGGGAAGGAUUCGUCGGUGGUCAACAAUGGCGGCGGCGGCUCCUAGGAUUACUUCCUGGGUGUUUACGCUCUGUGUUUGUCUAACCCUAGCUCCAUUCGUUUGUGGAAACACCGAAGGAGAUGCACUUUACACGCUGCGGAAAAGCCUCUCCGAUCCAGAUAACGUCCUUCAGAGCUGGGAUCCGACUCUCGUAAACCCUUGCACUUGGUUUCACGUCACUUGCAAUCAGGAUAAUCGCGUUACUCGAGUGGAUUUAGGAAAUUCAAAUUUGUCAGGGCAUUUGGUUCCUGAACUUGGGAAGCUUGAGCAUCUGCAGUAUCUGGAACUCUACAAAAACAACAUUCAAGGUACCAUUCCAUCUGAGCUCGGUAACCUAAAGAGCCUCAUUAGCCUGGACUUGUACAACAACAACAUCUCUGGGACCAUUCCAUCCUCAUUGGGAAAACUGAAAUCACUUGUGUUUUUACGUCUCAAUGACAACCGUUUAACUGGACCAGUUCCCAGAGAUCUCAUUGCCAUUUCAAGCCUCAAAGUAGUAGAUGUCUCAAACAAUGAUUUAUGUGGAACAAUCCCUACCAGUGGACCAUUUGAGCACAUUCCUUUAAACAAGUAUGUUAUUUAUCUCAUUAUAAUUGUGUUCUCUGUUUCUUGUUUGUUUUCACUCUUUCUAUUGGGCUCUCUUUUGUAGAUGUCUUAGUUAAUUCAGUUAUAUGCCUUUUCGUGUCAAUAAGUAACUGUUACAUGUUCUGUUUCCUCUACUUACAAGGAAAAAUCACACACAUACAUGCGAAUACAUACACUCUACACAAUCUUUGUUGGACCAAUUAGAGUAGUAACUCAUUUGUUAAACUCAUUCAGUAUAUAUAUCUCAGGGAAAUUUCAUUGAACUGCAUCUUUAAUGAUUAUACGGUAUUGUUUACUUUUAUUGUUUGAAUUUUUAUAGCUUCAACCAUUUUAUUGUAUUUUCUUAUUUUGUUUCUUUUGAAAAUGAGAUCCUGUACACUAUUGAGUGAGUGUAUAGCUGAGAAGUUGGCAACAUAAAUUCUGAUUCCUAUGCAGACACAUACAUGCACAAUGGCAUAAAUAAAAAUUUACAAAGGAUGAUUCCUUUUUAGGACAUUUGACAAAAUAAUUUAUCAACGGGGCUUGGGUUAUAGAGUGUGGCUAAGGGUGCUCAAAUAUAUAUUUUUCCCUUUUUAUGUGAUAAUAUUAAGUGUGAUGUAAACAGAAGUAUACUUGUGUUGUGGGUCUUGUUAAGCUAAUCUUUUAAACCGAAAUAAUAGUUGAAAGUGAUUGAAAAGUUUUAGCUCUACAUUGCUUUUACACUCUUCACAGAAAAGAACUAUUCUUUCUUAAUUUAGAGCUGUAUGAUUGUUUUGCCUUUGCCCUUUAAGACUCUUAUAAUAACUUUUUUGUUCUGUUGGUGUGUAUGUACUAUCUAGCUUUGAGAACAACCCUCGACUCGAAGGUCCAGAGUUAUUGGGGCUUGCCACUUACGACACAAACUGUUCAUGAAGAAAUAUUCAUUAAGCUGACUCUGGUAUGGUUUAGGUGUUUUACUCUUUAAAGCUGAAAAUGUUUGUUUACUUCACAAUGUAAUGGGAUAGGAUAUAAAUUUCAUUCCCUCAAUAUAAGAAUAUGUAAAUUUAAAUCUGAUGAUACUACUACAAUAUCAAUGUAUUUGUAACUUGUUCUAUUGUCUUCCUAAGCCAAGACAUUGAAUUUGUACUUUGCAAUACUAGUGAAAAGUAUUUGUCA